AAAGAACCUACGAAUACGAAUAGGAAUAACGAAAAAGCAACUAAGAAAAUAAAAAAACGAGAAGAAAAAGACCUAGAAAAAGAAGCUGCGUCACAAGUCGUCGUCGUCUUCAAACUGAGGAUGGCGACGACAACGGAUCCAAAUCCCUCGGACACGUUACUGGAUCCGUCAGCAUCAAACUUAACGAAUUCAUCAAGUGCGACUAACGAUAACACAUUAAAUUACACGACACCUCCACCAUGGCCGGACUUAUCGGUAUCAGUUUCAGUAGGGUGUAUCCUCGGUUUUAUAAUAAUAGCCGCAGUAUUUGGAAAUCUCUUAGUGAUAGUGUCAGUGAUGCGUCAUCGUAAAUUGCGUGUAAUGACAAAUUACUUUGUGGUGUCACUUGCUCUGGCUGAUAUGCUGGUGGCAAUGUUUGCAAUGACAUUUAAUUUAAGUGUCCAGGUUACGGGUCGGUGGCUGUUCGGUUACUUUAUGUGCGAUGUUUGGAACUCGCUGGACGUCUACUUUAGCACAAGCUCGAUACUUCACCUGAUGUGUAUCUCGCUGGAUCGUUACUGUGCGAUAGUAACACCGCUAAAGUAUCCAGUAAAGAUGACAAAGCGCGUUGUAGCGUACAUGCUGUUAGCUUGCUGGGUAUCGCCGGCAAUCAUAUCAUUUGUACCGAUUUUCAAUGGAUGGUACACGACCAGUGACAACGAUAACUUCCGCCACUUGCAUCCGGAUGUUUGUGAGUUCAAAGUUAACGAGGGUUACGCCAUUUUGUCUUCAAGCAUAUCCUUUUGGAUACCUUGCACAAUAAUGACCUUGACGUAUUUUGCAAUCUUCAAGGAGGCUAAUAAGCAGGAGAAGCAGAUGCACAGCAGAAGGGGUAAUGCGAUGCUACUUAGCCAUCGACCUAGUCGUGAUUUAAAUAAUUUAAACGGGGAAUUGAACAGUGGGGGAUCAUCUAAAACGCUUACGCUUAAUGAAAUAAAUACGGAUCAUUUGCACACGCCGACCAAAGACAAAAAUUUAAUGAAAAUGAAGAGAGAACAUAAGGCUGCACGUACGCUUGGAAUAAUAAUGGGUACAUUUAUUUUAUGUUGGUUACCCUUCUUUCUUUGGUAUGUCAGUAUAAGUUUGUGCGGCAGCAAAUGCCCAUGUCCGGAAAUAGUCGUCAGCAUUGUCUUCUGGAUCGGUUACACUAAUUCCGCACUAAAUCCACUUAUUUACGCUUACUUCAAUCGCGACUUUCGGGAGGCUUUCAGAAAUACACUACAAUGUGUUUUCUGCUCACUUUGCAGAAGAGAACCCUUUGAUCUUGAGACUCUUGACUUACGGAGACCUUCUUUGAGAUAUGAUGACCGUACUAAAAACACGUACACAGAGACCUACAGCAAACACAACGAUCGAAGAAGAUCAAGUGAAUUAGGAAGCAGUCUC